CGAUCAUAGUUUCUACAACAAAUGUAAUGGUUCGGUUUGUGAACAUUUAAAAAUUAAUUCAAGAAGAGUGAAAUCUCGUUAUAUUAAAACAAUGUUAGGGAAAAAGUCACAGACAACUAUGUCCUCAUACCGGGAAUUGUUAGAGAACAAGGAGAGCCAGAACUGGAUCAAGGCCGCCCUUGCCCUGAAAAUUACUAGGGAAGGGCUUGUAGGUUUCGUACAAGACGUUUUAACUUGUGUCCAUCAGGCCAUUAACAACAACCUUACAGCUGCUAUGGGGCUUCCUGUCGGAACACACUGUAAGAAAUGUUUCACAGAGAAUCUGCUUAAGUGUCCAACUCGAGGGAUAUGCAGUACUACGAACUGUCGGUUUCACCACAUGUAUAGAUAUAGACCAUGUCCAAACAAUAUAUGCGAACGUGUCCGUGAUGAAAUAAUUCGCUAUCACAGGUUUUCUGGUCCAUCAUGGAAAAACACGAAUGCUGAACAAUGGUGUACCAGCCCCUGGGAGAUGGGCAAAUGUUUCCUUCCACCUGAUGGCUACAAGACCGUGUCAUCCAUCCAGGACAGCGACUUCAAUGGCGUGAUAAAUGUCAUGAUAAAUUGUGAAGCCUUUCAGAAUAAUUUUUCAUUCAGCAUUUCAACUCAGACAAAUUUACUUACAGAGAUCCGGCAGAUUGGGCGAGACAUCCGCCACUCCUCAGAUCAGAAGGUGAAGGACUCUACUUUGGUAGAUUACUUAUACAAACUGAAGAAACUGUUGGAGGACCAAUGUGACCUCGUCAACAGACCGGAGGCACAAGCCACCGUGAAACAACUGACACAUCUUCAAACAGACGACUUCCGUGUCAGUGUGGACAAUGUAAAUGAGAUGCUUAAGAAAGGCCUUCAGCUUCGCUUGGCAAACCACUAUCAGGAGAAUUUAGCAGACAUGCCGAUAUCUCCUUCUUUGCCAGAAGAUGGUGCCAAACUCAGUCUGUUCUUCGUGGCACCCAACAUUGUAGAGAAGGACCACAAGGACCGUGGAAAGACAAGCAACUAUGGUAAACAGGUCACUAGAUACAAAGACCUAUUUUGUACCGAGUCAAUAAAGGCAAACAUAUUUCUAGUAGGAGAGCCAGGCAGUGGGAAAUCAACAUUCUCAGCUGAGUGUGCGCUAGAUUGGAGUCGACAGCACUUAGAACACGAGGACAAUGACAGGGGGCCAAAUCAAAAUCCUAAUGCCUUUGUCAAUAUGGAAUACUUCGAAAACUUUGAGUUUUUAUUUCACGUUAAGCUGAGAGAUUCUUGUGAUGUAUGUGAUCUUAAUGAAUUCAUCAGAGAUCAGAUAAUAGCUCAAGUUUAUCAGCCGAAGGAUGUGGAAGGAGCGUACAAACUUGCGCAAAGCGUGUUGGAAACAAGCAACUGCCUAAUCAUAGCGGACGGCCUUGACGAAUGGACGCACCCGACAGGAAGCCAUUGUCGCUGUCCUCGAGACGAGAAAGGCAGACUUCCUUUUCGGAACUCUGCGAUCAACGCCAAGGUCCUCAUAACCUCACGUCCUUGGAGAUUGUCUCAGUUUCGUGUUAAGGAUAUUAAGAUUGACAAGUAUCUUGAAAUCAAAGGUGUAACAAACGUCGAAGAACUUGUAGAUAAAGUUGUAUCUGUUCUGAAUGGCGAGACCGGAACAAAACGUUCUAAAGAUUUCUUUGCUUACGUUAGUCAGUUACGAUUACCUGACUUGCGUCAAAAACCGAUAAUCACUAUGCAACUUGUGAGCAUUUGGUACGAAGGAUUUACAGACACGAGUUCGGUAUGUGGCAUUUACGCAAACAUGAUUGACAUGUUGUUCGGGCGAUGUAACAAUGCCGAGGAAAGUCUUAUCCAAAUGGACGCCAGUCAUUUGCCAGAUUGUAUAACAAGUAAAGAGAACAUUAUGAAAAGACAAACUGCUCUUACAAAGCUCUCGCGUCUUGCAUUCAUAACAUUGUUUUCUCAAGAUUGCAAAUCGACUGUUGUUUUCGAAGACACUCUAGUGCGGAGAGAAUUGACUGAGGCGGAAAUACAUCUAUCUGUGAAUGUGGGAAUUCUUAGUGAAAAGAGGUCCUUUUCUAUUACAAGAAAAUCGUCACAUUUUUCUUUCAUUCACAAAACAUUUCAAGAGUUCCUUGCCGCGUUAAAUUUGUGUUCCAAUCAGGAUGCAUUUGACAAUACUUUGGUGCCUCGGUAUUCCAGUGUCGACCAGAACCCUUUAGAUGACAUUGCACAAGUUUUUAUAUUUACAUGUGGAAUGAAGCCGCAGUUGGGUAUUCAAAUAUCAUCGUUGAUUGCGAGAGUAGUUGCGCGAAAUUCGUACAAGACUGGUCCUCUUUCCGGGUACAAGUACCUUGUUGCCAGACCAGAUUAUGACGCCAUUGUAUCACUUCAACGCCUGGUGGUAUCCGGGUACCGUGAGGCAAAUGCUAAUAAACAUUCCAACAUCCCGCUCAUACUCACACACUUUAGGCUUAAUAAAGAUGACGAUGACGCCAUCCCACUUCAACAGCUGGUGAAAAUAAACAAGUGCCGUGUACAGUCAUUAGGCAUCUGGGGAUGCAAUGACACAGUGAGUGUGAAGGAGCUGCAGGAGGUGAUCACGUCUUCCUCCGACUCCCUCAGAGCAUUGGAAUUGUGGGACCGAAGUGGGCAAUAUGACCUGUCAAUGUGCAAGAAGCUUGGACAUUUAGAUAUAAUAGGAGAUAAUGUUAGACAAUUGGAAGUAGAUUUGUCAAACAUCACAACUUGUGAAUUAUCUUCCGUAUCAGGGAGUAUUGAACAAUGCAUAUUCACCGGUACGAAGAAAGAAAGCAAACUACAACAUCUUGUUUUGACCAAUGUUAAAAAUAUCAAAUUAAUACCUGAGACCCUUCCACGUCUUGCCCAGCUACAAUACCUUUGUUUAGCUGAUACAGAUAUAAGAGAAAUCCAUUUCCUCCUUCCCGACUCUCUAACCAGCAUAACACUGUUGCAUGUGACAAUGACAGCGGGAGAAAUGAGAAAGUUGGUGGAGCGGGUCGAAAACAUUCAGCACACCGUGGAAUGCCGGAUAUGGCAGUGCUCCGUUGAGCCGCAAAGUGACCUAGAAAACACCAGACAGUAUGUGGAAGAUUCAAAGUUAUUAAGACUGGAUAAGUACGAACAAAAUAAGGAUUAUAUUAAUUUCCAGUUUUAUCGACCUGAAACAGAAUAAUAAGUUUUGACCCAAAAAUGACUGUGAUUAGAAGCAUUCAAAUUCAAAGGGUCGAUUAAGAGGGUAUCGAUUUGAACAACGGCAUUACCCCAUCCACUCAAAAUCAAAUAGCAACAGUUUGUGAGUUAAGUGUCCGUGCGUUUAUCCAACGCAGUGUAUUCAAAUGUAUGUACUGCAAUUUUAAAAAGUUAAAAAAGUUAAAAUGAUGUUAUUUUGAUUUUAAUUGUGUUAUUUGGUAAACGUUAUAAAACAGUAGAGGUCAGGUUGUAAUCGAGGUAUCAUACAAAGCCAAGAAGAUGAGCGGGUAAUUUGAAAGGCAACAAAUCCACUAAACUCGAUAACGUUGAAAUAUAUAAGGAAUAUGACUACAAAAAUCCACUCACAUCGAUAACGUUGAUAUAUGUAUAUAUGUAUAUAUCAGCAUUCAGACCACAAAAAGCAUUGAUAUAUUGAUGUGCCCUGGUGUUGUGACUCUGACUGCACAUUGAUAUUAAGUGAAAGUGUUAUAAUCAUAGUACUCACAGUUGUCAUGCUUAAUUUGUCGUCCGCGAUGGAGUAACUAAAGUUUAAACCCAGAAAUGUAAAAUUACCCCACCCGGCAUUUCAUUUACUGUUUCCUGCUACUCCAACGUAUAUUCCGAUUUAGAACUUGCAAGCAACUUAGCUAUAUUGUGUAACAGACUGAUAUUACUUUGUUUCAUAAGCUCCUAAAUUUUAAAAACAUGAGGAAUUUCACCUAAUUUUGUCUGUUUCAUAGCAACUUAUUGCAAUAUCUCAGUCAGUCAGCCAUCUUGUUUCAGUGAUUUUUGACAUUUACGUCACAUCCUUUUUACCAAGGUUGCUAUAAUCGCGAAUUUUAAACUCCAGAGGUUGUGAUUUUUUACCUUUAAUUGUAAUAUUGCUUUGCUUUAAGCCCUGAAAACUUAUAAAGGCGAAAAUGUAUAUUCUAGCAUAACUAUUCUAAUCGCCAUAUUUUCAUCGGUUCUAUUUUUAGACCGAUCAAAGUUUUACUAGUCGAUUAAAGUUUAGGCUACCGAUCGCAUUUUCUAAGAUCGAUCAGCUGUAGUCGAUGCGCUUUUUUGGUGUCGGUCUAUGAGUCUGCAUCAGGCAUAUAUAAGAAGCAUAGAUUUUUGCCGAGGAGUUUCAGGCAUAUAUUUUUGCUUAGGAGUUUCAAGUUUUCUUUCGUGGCGGAAGCCUGCGUUUAACAUUUUGGCAUUCAAAGUAAUUUAAUUACUAAUUAUAGCAUAAAAGAAUCAAGAAACAUUAAAGACUGUUGGUUAAAUAAUAAGUGGAACUGUUUUACAACAUUUGACCAAUUUGUCAGAUUUUUGCUUAAGUUUUAUAAACAUUUUAUCAACUUAAGGCGGUUGAUGGCUGACUGAUUUAGUAUUUUGUUAACGGAAAAAAUAGAACUGCUUUAGGCAUAAACAAUUACAACAUUUUAACAUUUCUCAAUACGGCGGUUUUAUCGUACAUGUUUUCAUGUUGAUGUAAACACAGUAAACUGAAUAAAUAUUUUAGCGGUUA